AUGAGCGUUAUAGACCCGUCAUUCUCCGCCGAGAGAUGCGCAGAUCUGCAUAACAGGCUCCUGCAAAAAGCAAUCGUGAACGAACCCAGUGCCAUGGUUGAGCGUAACCUCAUUGCAGGGCUCCUCGACGUAUCAGCCGAGAUUGCUGAUUUUCCAAAUUCUGGGUCUUCACCAUUGUACCACUUCCUGUCGCUCUUGGACACCAUCUCUCUGCCCCACAGCCUAUUUAUCCCAUUAACCCCAGAAAUCUAUCAGCCAGUCCCGGAAGUGUUCAGGGGUGAUACAUUCAGCCGCGAACCAGGUGUCAUUCUUUUAUACGGACAGAACAAUGCUGACUCACCCAUGGAUGGAGGGCUAUUUCUUGAUGUACAGACGUACAAAGUAGUCUGGCAUUGGAGCCCGGGGCCUUUUCCUGCAUCUGAGAAAUGGAUAUCAUUGGAGUUCGCACUGCAAUCUCAGCUGGACAAGUGGGAAUCGGUCAAGUUCUAUUGGGACACCAACAAGCAAUCCCUAGCCAUCAAGCGUUGGGUCGAGGCAGAUCUGACAAAUUCAUUGGUUGGUUGGGGCGGGCUCCUUUCAACCAUAGAAGCCAGGUUACCACAACGAGGCCAGAGGUAA